AUGGCGCUGGCGGAGCCGGAGCGGUGUCCGUCUGUCCGUCGUGUGCCCAUGGCGCUGGCGGAGCCGGAGCGGUGUCCGUCUGUCCAUCUGCCCAUGGCGCUGGCGGAGCCGGAGCGGUCAGUGGCCGGAGGGGCAGUGUCCAUCCGUGUCCGUCCGUCCGUCCGUGUGCCCAUGGCGCUGGCGGAGCCGGAGCGGUCAGUGGCCGGAGUGGCCGGAGGGGCAGUGUCCAUCCGUGUCCGUCUCUCCGUGUGCCCAUGGCGCUGGCGGAGCCGGAGCGGUCAGUGGCCGGAGUGGCCGGAGUGGCCGGAGGGCGGCCGGCCGCUGUUCUGCCGCCGGGGGGCGCUGCGGCACAAGGUGGUGCACGAGGUGAAGAGUCACCGCUUCACGGCGAGGUUCUUCAAGCAGCCCACCUUCUGCAGCCACUGCACCGACUUCAUCUGGGGCAUCGGCAAACAGGGCCUGCAGUGCAUGGUUUGCAGUUUCGUGGUUCACAAACGCUGCCACGAAUUCGUCACCUUCGAAUGCCCCGGGGCCGGGAAGGGACCCCAGACUGACGACCCGCGGAACAAGCACAAGUUCAAGGUGCACAGCUACAGCAGCCCCACCUUCUGCGACCACUGCGGCUCGCUGCUCUACGGCCUCGUGCACCAGGGCAUGAAGUGCUCCUGCUGUGAGAUGAACGUGCACAAGCGCUGUGUGCAGAGCGUUCCCAGCCUGUGCGGGGUCGAUCACACCGAGAGGAGGGGGCGCCUCCAGAUUCGCAUCCAGGCGCUGCCCGGGGAGCAGCUCCACGUCACAG